AGGGAAAAAAAACGGAGAUAAAAUAAUGAACGUUGCAUACAUCGGUGCAAAUAAGCAAUAUCGGAAUUUCGGACAAGAUCGGCUAGAUCGAACAGGAACUUUCUAUUCUAAUAUUAAUUUGUUUUAUUUUUUUUUCCUUUUCCUUUUUCUUUUUUGAGAAAUUAAUUAUGAACCUUUAGCUACACAGAUACAGAUUACAGUAAUUUAGUAUCAGAUUGAACGAUCUUCGCGUCUAUUUCAGAAGCGCCCAGCCCCCCUCGUGUCCCAGCCAUUUCUCUCUCUGAUUCCGCCAUUAACGAAACCGAAACAAGCACCGAUUUCACACAAAAUUUGCCAUAACUCAACAUAGAAAGCUUCAUGAUUUGACUCUCGAACACCCGAGGCGUUUCCUUCACUUCUUCCCAACUCAAUCGGACCCCUAACCAGCCAGAAGAUGGCGUGGUUUAGUGGGAAUAUUUCGUUGGGGAACAUCGCCGAUCUCGCCGGAGGGGCGGUGAAUAAGCUCCAGGAGAGCGUCAAGAGUAUCGAGAAGAAUUUCGAUAGCGCUCUCGGGUACGAUGAGAAAGAGAAGGCCGAUUCCUCUGGCAAUGAAGCUUCAGGAUUAUGGAGUUCAUCCACUGACAGGAAAGCGCUCUUUAAUCCUGUUAUGGCAUUUAUGGGACACAGAAGUACAGAAAGUGAUGCCGAGUCGUCGCAGAAACCCGAAUCUGUCGGAUCACCUGAAGUCGAGAAACCAUCAGGAGAGCAGGAAUCUCCUCAGCAUCCAUCUAUGUCAGAGGAAAAAGAAGGGGUCCAUACUGACAAACCACCGAUGGCUGCACUGGAAGAGGCUGGUGUGAAAGAAGAAAGGGAAGUUGUGACAGCAGAAACAAGUGACGAACAUCAAGAAAUGGUAGAUGGAAUAAAUGCUGUUAUGUCAGAUCCUGAAAAGGUUGAAACUGUAUCAUCUUUGGUGCCUGCUGAACCACCCGAAGCUGCUGUUCAAAAUUUUGAGCUGUCAGAUUCCGUUGAAAAUCAGGAAAGGGAAGAGAUGUUAGGAGUUGAAGCCUUAAGGAAAUUAGAAUCUGUGCAAGAAAAAUCAGGAGCCCCUAAGGUAGAUCAAGUUGAGGGUACUGAUGUUGUGCCUAAGGAGACAGAUAAUUUCACCAAUGUGCAUGAGAACAUGCAUGAACAGAAGGACGAAGUGGAGAGCACUGAUGAACAGAAGACACAAGUGGAGAGCACUGAAGAACAGAAGACACAAGUGGAGAGCACUGAUGAACAGAAGACACAAGUGGAGAGCCCUGAUGAACAAAAAGCACAAGUAGAGAGCUCCGAAGAGCAGAAGACACAUGUAGAGAGCACUGAUGAACAGAAGGCACAAGCUGAGAGUGUAGAGAUAUCUCCAGUUCAAACUGGGGGGUUGACAGAUACUAAAACUGGAAGUGGAGGUACAGCAGAGCCCUCUGGUUUAACUGAGAAUGGCAGCGCUGGACAAACUUUUAAUGAUGAAUUGCCAAGUGCAGUUCCUUCAGAUGAGGCUUCAGAGACGGUUCCUGAGCAGGUUUCAACUAAGAACAAUAUAGUGGUUGGAGUGGAUCAGCAUGUUGAUGAUAAACAAAGUUAUGUUAGUGAGCAACAUUUGAGAUCAAGAAUAAGUGCUUCUGGCGCUUCAGAUUCUGCAGUUGAACUGGAAAGAGUUAAAAAGGAGAUGAAAAUGUUGGAAAAUGCUUUGCAAGGUGCUGCAAGACAAGCUCAGGCAAAGGCUGAUGAGAUUGCCAAGUUAAUGAAUGAAAAUGAGCAAUUAAAAUUGGUGAUCGAGGAUUUGAAGAGAAAAACAAGUGAUGUAGAAAUUGAGACUUUGAGGGAGGAAUACCAUCAGAGGGUUGCAACUCUCGAAAGGAAGGUUUAUGCUCUUACUAAGGAAAGGGAUACUCUUCGGAGGGAACAGAGUAAAAAAAGUGAUGCAGCUGCUCUUUUGAAGGAAAAAGAUGAAAUUAUCAACCAGGUUAUGGCUGAAGGCGAAGAGCUUUCAAAAAAGCAGGCUGCUCAAGAGGGUCAGAUUAGAAAAUUAAGGGCUCAGAUUAGGGAGCUUGAGGAAGAGAAGAAGGGGUUGGUUACUAAGCUUCAGGUAGAAGAGAAUAAAGUAGAGAGUAUAAAGCGGGACAAGACAGCUACAGAGAAGUUGUUGCAGGAGACAAUAGAAAGACACCAAUCAGAACUUGCAUUGCAAAAAGAAUUUUAUACCAAUGCUUUGAAUGCUGCCAAGGAGGCUGAAGCUUUGGCAGAGGCACGUGCGAACAACGAAGCAAGAUCAGAACUAGAGAGUCGUCUAAGGGAGGCUGAGGAACGUGAAUCUAUGCUAGUUCAGGCACUUGAAGAUUUGAGGCAAACUCUAAGCAGAAAGGAGCAGCAGGCUGUAUUUAGAGAAGACAUGCUUCGCCGGGACAUUGAAGACCUUCAGAAACGUUAUCAAGCAAGUGAACGGCGCUGUGAGGAGUUGAUCACACAAGUUCCUGAAUCUACGAGGCCUCUUCUGAGGCAGAUUGAAGCUAUGCAGGAAACAACUGCUAGAAGAGCAGAAGCUUGGGCGGCUGUAGAAAGAUCCCUAAAUUCUCGGUUCCAGGAGGCAGAGGCCAAAGCUGCAGCUGCUGAGGAAAGAGAGCGAUCUGUGAAUGAACGCUUAUCUCAGACCUUAUCUCGAAUUAAUGUUCUUGAGGCUCAGAUUUCUUGCCUUAGAGCUGAGCAGACACAGUUAAGCAAGUCUCUUGAAAAAGAGAGAAAAAGGGCAGCUGAAAAUAGGCAGGAGUACCAUGUAGCAAAGGAAGAAGCUGACACGCAGGAAGGUCGUGCUAACCAGCUUGAAGAAGAAAUAAGGGAACUCAAGCGUAAACAUAAGCAAGAGUUACAUGAAGCUCUAACGCAUAGGGAACUGCUACAACAGGAGAUAGAAAAGGAGAAAGCUGCUCGUUUGGAUUUGGAAAGGACAGCUCGCGUCCAUUCUGUUGUCCAUUCUGUUGUACCUGAUCAAACUCCCAUUAGGCAGAAUUCUGUGUUUGAGAAUGGAAACUUGAGCCGAAGACCUUCAAGUGCUAGCAGCCUUGGGAGCAUGGAGGAAAGCUAUUAUCUGCAAGCUUCUCUGGACUCAUCUGAUGGUUUAUCGGAGAGGAAGAAUGCUGGAGAGGUAACCUUGAACCCCUAUUAUAUGAAGAGUAUGACACCAGGUGCUUUUGAAUCUGCUCUUCGUCAAAAGGAGGGUGAACUUGCAUCAUACAUGUCCCGUUUGGCAUCAAUGGAAUCUAUCCGCGAUUCUCUUGCUGAGGAGUUGGUCAAAAUGACCGAGCAGUGUGAAAAGUUAAGGGCAGAGGCUUCCACAUUACCUGGUAUUCGGGCCGAGUUGGAAUCACUGAGGAGGAGACACUCUGCAGCGCUGGAGCUAAUGGGUGAACGUGAUGAAGAGCUCGAGGAACUCCGUGCUGAUAUUAUAGACUUGAAGGAGAUGUACAGAGAGCAAAUAAACUUGCUUGUGAAUAAGAUCCAAAUUUUGAGUUCAUCAAUUGGAAAUUCAUAGCAAAUGAACGUCUAAGGUAUGAAGCCAUUUGCCAAUUCUCGUCUUUCAUGGUAUAGAUGAUGGAUUUACUCAGGAGAACGCAAUUGGCUGCUAAAAUGUUUUCCCUCCAUACCCGUUUUUUGAAGUAUGUUUUGAGCUGUAGUGUUUAGGCAACCAUAGACAAGGGUAUUUCUUUUUUUUUUUGUUCCUUUUUUAAAAAAAAACACCUUGAUAUGCAUGUAACUAUUGACUUGCUGUAUAGCACGAAUGUUGUUGUGUCAAGUAUCAAACUUGAAAAAUUUUCAAGUUUUCCUUAUUGAUAUAUUUCUAAUAAAUAAAGUGCAUUCAUUUCUUUUUUCCCU